AUGGAGACAGGAAGCUCCACAGGUUUACCCAAGUUGGAUGCUGGUACUGGUUCAGAAUCCAAAUCUGAAUGUGGGUCAAUUGGCAGUGGCAGUUUACCACAACUAAAAGCCAAAAAAUUCUUUGGAGAGAAUUUCAAGAUGUGGCAACAGAAAAUGCUUUUCUAUCUGACCACGAUGAAUCUUUCUAAGUUCUUGAAGGAAGAUCCUUCUGUUUUUAAAGAGGGAGAAGGAGAAGGAGAAGGAGAGGUAGACAAUAUUAUUGCCUUCAAUAUUGUUAAUGCUUGGAAGCAUAUUGAUUAUAUAUGUAGGAACAUAAUUUUGAAUAGUCUAUCAGAUUCACUAUAUCUGUUAUAUGUUGGUUAUGAAACAACUAAGAGGUUGUGCAAGGCAUUGGACCAUAAAUAUAAAGUUGAAGAUGUUGGAGUUAAAAAGUUUUUAGUUGCCAAGUUCUUGAAUUUUACUAUGGUUGCCUCUAAACCAGUGGUGAAACAAGUGGAGGAACUCCAACUAACUGUUAGUGGAAUUCUUGCUGAAAGAAUGGUCAUAGACAAAUCCUUUUAG